AUGACCGGCCGACCGACCGAGAUUUCUGGGCAGAUGCCCUCGUCGUUUGACAGCACCCCGGAAUUCCACAAUGAGCGUGCCAUGCAAAAGGUGUUCCGCAAGGUUAAGGAGGAGCCUCUCGUCCCCCUAGGAAUCGGCCUUACCGUCGCCGCCUUCAUCAAUGCCUACCGAGCCCUCAGGCGCGGCGAUUCGAAGCAGGCGAACCGCAUGUUCCGCGCCCGUGUGGCCGCCCAGGGCUUCACCGUCGUCGCCAUGGUCGCCGGGAGCAUGUACUACAGCCAGGACAGGGCCAAGACCAAGGAGCUGAGGGAGCUGCAGAGCCAGCGCGACGCCGAGGAGAAGCGCGUCAAGUGGAUCCGCGAGCUCGAGGCCCGAGACGAGGAGGACAAGGCCAUGAGGAGCCUCGUGCAGAAGAAGGUUGCCGAGCGCAACGCUGCCGCCGCCGCCGCCGCUUCUUCUUCUUCUUACACCGAGAACGAUGCUGCUGCUCCCGCCGAGAAGAGCGGCGGCGGCGGCGGCGGCGGCGGUGGUGGCAUGCUCGGAAAUAUGGGACUCUGGUCCGAGGGCGAGAAGAAGGCUGCCGAGGCCCAGGAGGCAGCCGCUCAGUCGGGAAAGUCGAGGAAGGAGAAUCCCAAAAGCUCGUUAGGCGCGCUGGGAGAGAUCCUGGCAUCGCAGAAGAAGGACGAGGGCAAGAAGGAUGACGGCGAGCCCAAG